AUGGCAAAGGAGGGAACGGAGGUUACAGAAGAAACGGAGCAUAUGAUAGAAAAGAACGGUGCGAAAGAGUCGGAUAGUGUCGCAUCUGCAGGGGACACCAAAGAAAUGCGGGCUGUUGUCUUGACUGGUUUUGGGGGUCUUAACAAACUCCGAGUCUCAAAAAAACCGAUGCCCGAACCUCAAGAGGGAGAGGUCAAAAUUCGAGUUAAAUCAUGUGGAUUGAACUUCUUAGAUUUAAUGGUGAGGCAAGGGAAUAUUGAUAAUCCUCCUAAAACACCACUUGUGCCUGGCUUUGAAUGUUCUGGAAUCGUGGAGGCUUUGGGAGAUAACACUAAAGGAUUUGAGAUCGGAGAUCGAGUCAUGGCCUUUGUCAAUUACAAUGCCUGGGCCGAGGUGGUGUGCACGCCAUUAGAUUUUGUCCAUAAGAUUCCUGAUGACAUGACGUUCCCUGAGGCUGCUGCCUUUCUCAUGAACUUUGUUGCUGCCUACAUGAUGCUGUUUGAAGUUGCUAAUCUCAGGGAAGGGAUGUCUGUAUUGGUUCACUCAGCGGGCGGUGGUGUGGGUCAAGCUGUUGCUCAGUUGUGUUCCACUGUACCCCAUGUCACUGUUUUUGGGACUGCCUCACCCUUCAAACACGAAGCAAUCAAAGACUCUGUCACUCACCUUUUUGACAGAAAUAUUGAUUAUGUACCAGAAGUUAAGAAGAUUUCUCCUGAUGGAGUGGACAUUUUCCUUGACUGUCUAUGUGGAGAAAACACUGGAAAAGGGCUGAGUUUACUGAAGCCCCUGGGCACAUAUAUACUAUACGGUUCAUCAAACGUGGUGACGGGAGAGACUAAAAGUUUCUUCAGCUUUGCUAAAUCUUGGUGGCAGGUGGAGAAGGUUAACCCCAUUAAACUCUAUGAAGAGAACAAAGUCAUGGCAGGAUUUUCGCUUCUCAACCUCCUAUUCAAGCAGGGAGGCUGCAACCAGGUGAAAACAGUGGUUCAGAAACUCCUUUCCCUCUACAGUCAAAAGAAGAUCAGACCAGUAGUGGACUCCCUGUGGGCACUGGAAGAGGUGAAGGAAGCCAUGCAAAGAAUCCAUGACAGAGGCAACAUAGGAAAACUUAUUCUGGAUGUAGAGAAGUCUCCAACGCCAUUGAUGGCCAAUGACAGCACCGAGACUAGUGAAGCUGGUGAAGAAGAGGAGGAGCACGAGGGAGACAAUGACAACAAGGAGCGCAUGCCCUUCAUCCAGUAA